GUCUUUUGGACCUUUACUUUUAAAUCUAAAUUGGUCUUUGGUCAUACCCGUGUAUGUAGGCAGUGGAGGCUCAUAGAUGAGAAGAUGUCUGUUCUGAAGGAUGAGCUGGAGGACAAGCUGAAUGAAGAGGCUCUAGCUGAAGGGCUGUACAAGAAGUCCGGCAGAGUAGUGAUUCUUGGCCUGGGCAAUGCUGGCAAAACAGCGCUUCUACAUAUGCUGGAUAAGCACACACUGGGUCUUCAUGCAUCGACCUUUGACCCCACCUCAGAAGUGCUGAGGAUCUCCGGCGUGACCCUGAGCUCCUGUGAUGAGGCUCGAGGAGUCUGGAGGGAUCUUCUCCCAGCCGUGGACGGCGUCGUGUUCCUGGUGGACUGCUCUGAUUACGCCAGGCUUCCCGACUCCAAAACACAGCUUGAGGCACUAAUGACAGAUGAAACCAUUGGAAACGUGCCCAUCUUGAUCCUCGGCAACAAGACUGACAAACCUGAAGCCAUCAGUGAGGAGAAACUGCGUGAGAUCUUCGGACUUCACGGUCAGACGACAGGAAAGGGCUGUGUUCUCUUCGGUGGUCUGAAGACGAGGGGACUCUGGAGCUGUUCAUGUGCAGCGUGA